UUUUUGAUCGCCUUCAUUGCAUUCGUAGCGUGCGGACGUGUUUCCCGGUUAGCUCCGUCAUCGUCGUCGUCUCACCGUCGUCGAUUUUCGCAGGUUUUCCUGUGUAGCAGUUUUGCACAAAAAUUAGUUUUUGGUGCGUCGUGUUUUUCGUGGCGUUAUCGUAUUGAGAAACCCGGCGGAAAGACACCUUCUCCGCCACCCUUCCCAACACCAGCGCUAUCCGACUAUCUGAGCGUGCCCGUGUGUGUGUGAGUGUGUUGUUGAAGUGGCGUUCCAGUGCCCCCUGCCCCGCCCGAACCAGAACCAAGAGGCUGCCCGAGAGGAGAGAUAACAACCGGAGCGCCGUCAGUUGUGUGAAGUGUGUUGAGUGAGAAAGAAAAGUCAUCGUCAGCAGCGGGGCCAGCAGCAGUAGUUGUUUCGCCAACCAAAGGGAAAACUUCCUCAUUUUUCUCCAUCAAGCUGAGAUAACAGCAGCAAUAGCAGGGGCGUAAAAAUGGCUUCCGGAGUAACCGUAUCUGAUGUCUGCAAGACGACGUACGAAGAAAUCAAAAAGGAUAAGAAGCACCGCUAUGUGAUCUUCUAUAUCCGCGAUGAGAAACAGAUCGAUGUCGAGGUGAUCGGCGAUCGUAACGCGGAAUAUGACAGCUUCCUGGAGGACAUACAGAAAGGUGGCCCGGGCGAGUGCCGAUACGGACUGUUCGAUUUCGAGUACAUGCACCAAUGUCAGGGAACGUCAGAGAGCUCGAAGAAGCAGAAGCUCUUUUUGAUGUCCUGGUGCCCAGACACUGCCAAGGUUAAGAAGAAGAUGUUGUACUCGAGCUCGUUCGACGCACUCAAGAAGUCGCUCGUCGGAGUGCAGAAAUACAUUCAGGCCACUGACCUCUCGGAGGCAUCCCGGGAAGCGGUCGAAGAGAAACUGCGCGCCACUGAUCGUCAAUAAGGGAAAAAAACAGCAACAAAAACAGUACUACUUAAGGCAGACGCACACUAUACAAAACAACAACAUACAUUUACAUUAUACACACAUCAAAAUCUUUGAAGAGUGAGUACUACACACGCGGGGCGGAAAGACUGUUUGAAGCGAAAGCAGGAAGGAUGAGCUAAGGAGGAAAGGAUAAUCGACAUCAUGUGGUGGACUCCAAGUGUGAAACAUCUUCAUUUAUAUAAUGCAUACACAACAUAACCUACUACCAACAGAGCGAGUUGAAGUGAAGCUACUAUAUUACUACUAUCGGAAGCAUAUUCUGCUCAUUGGGUUUAGUAAUUAACCAUCAGAACUAAAAGGAAACAACAUUGAAGAUCGUAUUAUGAAUGAGGGAAAAGUGUGACACCGUUGAAAAGAGUGAUGCUAACGAAUGCAUUAAUAACGAUCAGACAACAUCAUGAGAGAAAAGUGCGAUAGCGCGAACGACUUACAGAAUUCAAAACAUAGUCAUGCACAGAUUAGAAUCGAUCUGAAUCGCGCUAUGAGGAUCAAAUAGUAGUCAAAUCACACGACAACACGAGGAACUGUAGCAGACGAGAAAAAGAGACAGAGGGCGCAUUAUGUCCGAGUAGGGAUGAGAAGAUGGUCGAACGAAUGCGUCAACAAAUAAAAUAAGAGCGAAGAUAAGAAAGGAAA